UUCACGUCAGUGCGUAGUCGACCGGCGUUGGGGGUAGUUCGUGGCUCGGUUGCGCGACCCGCACGUGUAUAUCGAGGAUCGUCGAAGCGCGAUAUAUCUCUCAGUGGGUGAGGGGGACGCGGUGCGAGGCCUUCUGGUCGGUAGCGGGAGCAGCGUGCGCACCGAAGGAAAAUAUUUGGAGAAACGUGUCCGGUUGUGUCUGUCUGUCUGUCUCUACUGUGCGUCGGGAGCGGAUAGCAGAGGGAAGAAGAGAGAGAGAGAGAGAGAGCGGGAGGGCAGAUAAAGAGGGAAAGCAAAAGGGAGAGAGAAAGAGAAAGAGAGAGAUCGCGUUCUCUCUGUGAUCCGCUGGCGUGUGCAAGCAUUCGACUCCUGGCCGUGACUCACGUUCGCCGUGCGUACGUUUUACGGAGCCGAUUUAGCGGCGGGACCCGGACGGUGUAUAAAACACGAAUUCGACGAGCCCGAGCUGUCUGCUCCGGAACGGAGAGAAAUUGGAGGGAGACAAAGCGCGCCGGAGCGCGGAGGCUCGAAAAGGAGCACCUACCGGUCGUCCAGGAUCCGAGGCUCCUCGCUCUCUCUAAGCCUGUUCACAGGACAACGACGACGACAACGGUGUUUCGUUCCGAUUUUCUUCUCAUCGAGCCGAUAAUGGAUUAAUUUUCGCCGGGGAGCUUACCCCGGCGCGGCGGUCUGAUCGCAACCCGGAGCGCGCACAGCAACGCGGCAGCACUCUGCGAUAAAUCAAGAUCGGAGUGAUGCGAGCCACGGAAGCGUAAGUCAAUCGUCAUUCACGAUGGGUGUACCCGCUCGACGGACGAAGCUGCUUCCGAGCCGGACCAUGGCGUCUAUGUUACCCGUGCUGUUGCUCGCAUCGUUGCCGAACGCCCGAUUAGAAUCGGCGAUCAAUCCAGUGAGUAGCGUGGGCUCGGUAUCGGGCGGCGGCUCGUCGUCGUCCUCUUCCUCCGCCUCGUCCUCGUUGAUGGUGGGCGUCGUGCCUGGAAGUGGCUCUGGUUCCGGGAGCAUGGUUGGGCCUGGCAGCAGCGUUGUGGCCGGUGGCAGCAGCGGCACCAGCGGACAUUCGUCUCUUAGCGGUGGGGCGACUAAUGGGAACGGCAGAUGCGAGGAGAUCACGAUCCCGAUGUGCCGGGGCAUCGGGUACAACCUGACCGCGAUGCCGAACGAGCUGAACCACGACACGCAGGAGGAGGCCGGCAUGGAGGUGCACCAGUUCUGGCCGCUGGUGGAGAUCAAGUGCUCGCCGGAUCUGAAGUUCUUCCUGUGCUCGAUGUACACACCGAUCUGUCUGCCGGAGUACGCGAAACCGUUGCCGGCGUGCCGCACCGUCUGCGAACGGGCCCGAGCGGGCUGCGCGCCAUUGAUGCAGCAGUACGGGUUCUCCUGGCCGGAGCGGAUGGCGUGCGAGAGACUGCCGACCCACGGGGACCCGGACAAUCUGUGCAUGGAGCAGGACAAUCGCACCAGCAGCGCGGGUCCAGGGUCCGGCAACGGUGGCGCAGCCAGCAGCGCCCCGGUCCCAGCAGCGGCGCCGCCUCGACCCACGAGGCCGCCUAAGACGCCACAACCGCAACGGUGUAAGCCCGGCAAGAAUCAAAAAAACUGCCAGCAUCCCCAGGGGGACAGGGCGAGGGACUGCACGUGCCGGUGCAGAGCACCCCUCGUACCCCUGGGGGCGGGGGGCACGGUGCUUUCGGGUCCGAUAAGCGGCAGCAACACCGGCAGCAUCGGCAGCGUGGCUGGGCUGGCCGGCAUGGCCGCAAGUGGAGCCAUGCCGGCGCCGCCGAUAAGCAUCGCUCGGAACAUCAACCAGAACGUCAACCAGGACAUUGCCGGAGUACGGAACUGCGCCCUGCCGUGCCACGGCGCGUUUCUCACCCACGAAGAGCGCGGGUUCGCGGCCGUCUGGCUGGCUCUGUGGAGCGGCCUGUGCGCCGCAAGCACGCUCGUGACCGUCACCACGUUCCUGAUCGACACCCAUCGCUUCAAAUAUCCUGAGAGGCCGAUAGUCUUCCUGUCGGCCUGCUACUUCGUCGUGUCGAUCGGCUACCUGUCGAGAAGCAUGUUCGGCUACGAGGUGAUCGCCUGCGACGGUCCGGCGUUGAAGUCGAGCGCCCGUGGCCCCGGGGCCUGCGCCACCGUCUUCCUGAUGAUCUACUUCUUCAGCAUGGCGUCCUCGGUCUGGUGGGUGAUCCUGGCGUUCACGUGGUUCCUCGCGGCGGGCCUGAAGUGGGGCAACGAGGCGAUCGCCUCGUACUCCCAGUACUUCCAUCUGGCGGCAUGGCUGGCGCCUUCGUUUCAAACGGUGUUGGCCUACUUGCACGGUGGGGUGGCAGGGGACCCGGUCGCCGGGGUCUGCACGGUAGCACCGGAAGGCGUCAAGUCGUUCAUCCUGGUCCCACUGUUCGUGUACCUCUUGCUGGGAACGAGCUUUCUGUUGACCGGGUUCGUCAGCCUUUUCCGGAUCCGGUCGGUGAUCAAGCGGCAGCCGGGAGCGAAGGCGGACAAGCUCGAGAAGCUGAUGAUCCGCAUCGGCGUGUUCAGCGUUCUGUACACCCUGCCGGCCGGAGUGGUGCUCGCCUGUCACAUCUACGAGACGGCGCUCCGGGACGAGUGGCUCGCUUCGCUGGCCUGCCCGUGUCGGGCGAGGGCGCGGCCGCUCUACUCCGUCCUGAUGCUGAAGUACUUCAUGGCGCUCGCGGUAGGCAUCACGUCCGGCGUGUGGAUCUGGAGCGGCAAAACCGUCGACUCGUGGAAACGUCUCUGGAGGCGUUUGUUCGGCGGGAGCGGCGCCGGCGGUCACGGAGGCGGUGGCGCCGGUAUGGUAGCCGGCGUGACCGGCGUCAGCGGCGGCAUCGGCAGCACCAGCAUCAAGGGCGUCGUCGGACGUGUCGGCGUUCCGUAUCCGCCGGCGCCGGGCCCCGGGAGCGCGCUCUUGCCGCCCGGCAGCGUGGCCAGCGCGUCCCAACACCAUCUCCACCAUCACGUUCUCAAGCAACCGCCUUUGUCGCACGUAUGACGUCACCAGUCGGCGGGGGGCGACAUGAACACCGCGGGCUGCGACCAGCAGCAACAGCAACAGCAACAGUCGGUGCAGCAACAGGAGAGGCCUUCCGCCCUUAGCAACUACGGGCCCAUUUAGCCCUUCGCCUCGGCCUCGCGCAGGCACACGCCGCACACGGCGCCCCACACGGCGCCCCAUACGCCGCACUCCGCGGCCACCAUAUACUCGAGGAGGUCGCUGGCGUCGACCACGGGCCCGCUCACGCCGGCCCACGGGCUCGCGCCCUCCUACACGCAGGCGACCGAGGUCUGAAGCGAACAUCCUCGGACCCAGGACCCGCGGACGACGAGGAUCCGCGGCGCCCGCAGCCUCCAGUACCUCCGACGUACCCGCGACCUGCCCGACGCUUCGGGCAACAAGACCCGCCGCGGCGCCUCUCGACCAGCCGACCCGACCCAGCCCGUCAGCCCGUAGACCUCGAGCGCUGAGCAUCCUUUUCUCUUUUACCUCGAACGCAACGGUGUCAUCGUGGGAAAAAGGAUCCGCGACUCGGAGUGCUCUCUGUGUGUGCGCGCGUGCGUGCGCGCGUGUGUUUGCCGAUCGACUGACCACGACCGGUGAUCGAUUCCCUCUGCGAUCGUGCUGGGGGCGACACAGUGAUAUCGGAGACGCGAGGACGGUGCCACUCGGCCGCGCGCGACCACGUUUCACGAUAUAGAACCGCUCGGAGAUGAUGGACGCUCGAGGCUGCGCCGCGGUGAGACGCGAUCUACCGCGUCGCCGAUCGCCACGCGGCGACGAGCGAAUGGGUGCGCGAAUGGACGGUGUGAGUUCUCUUACUCGUAUCUAUCUCUACACUUUUCUUACUUAUUAUAUCGUAGCGGAGCUCGUACAGUCCGCAUGUCCGUCUAACUGGUAUCGUCUCGUCUAUUUAUCUGACUUAGCCAUAACCGAGCAUAGGUGUAAAACACGACUUUCUUUUAGACCUCGUGCCGCGACGACCGCGGCUCGGCACCUCUCGAGCAGGACUCUCUUUGCUGUCUACUUUUCCUAGGAUUCUCCGUAACCGCUAGUCGAUGACAAAACCAGCGUUUUCUCAUUCCCCGUGAUCGAUCGCGCCCCCCCGUCGGGCGCGGUGCUCGGACCCUUGUGCCGGGCCGCCGACGUCGAUCCGCGACGUGUAACGCGAGCAACUGUAUAGCGCAGAUGUCGAUGAGCAAGCGAUGGAGUAAACGUAAACUGUAAAUAUCACUCUUAGGUGUUAGGUGAACCGCUGUAAAUAUAUCAUUAGAGAGGAACGAUCAUCAAAAAGAAGUCUCGAUCCGAGGAUCGGCUAGAAUAUGUAUCCACCGAGGUGUACAGCACGUCACGGUCGCGGUGGGCGCGCGUUCCUCUCGCUUCCUCGACCGCAAUCCGUGGAGCCUCGUCUCGAAGCUUUCGAAGAAAGCCGGCCGACUCUCGAGGGAGGACCCUGUCUGCGUAGCCGUGUACAAAAAGCAUAGAUCCCGACCGAUCGCGAGCCAGAGAACGUCGAUCCGCGAUCGGCGCACCUCCGGAGGAGGCUUCGAAGGAGCCGCUAGUCUUGCCACGGACGGAGGAACGCGUGAACCGAUUGCUCGUGUACCUCGCGCCAUGGAUUCGAGUCUCUGGAGAAGAACACGGCACACUUUUAUCGUCGCCAAUCCGAUUUUUCGUUCACUUUUUUUUUCGCGCCAAAACGUGCGAUUGUAACUCGACCGCGCGGACCUUCGAGGAAACGUAUUUAACCCGAUGGCAGAGUGGCCGGAGUCUCGCGGACCACCAAAAUAAUUUAGUGUAUCAUAGAAGUCCGUAUGUUUUAAUCAAUGUUAGAUUACGUAUUGUCUAAGACCUACACUGCCUACAAAGGAGGAUCGUAUCACUGCCACGUGUUGUUAAAAAGUUAUAGUCGAUGUAAGAUCCAUUCGAGUCCGCGAGACCCUACUUUACCAACGCCUGGUUAGACGAACAGGGCAAACCAGAGUCUUAUUUCCCGGAACUAUAACAGGAACUCGAUUCUUCCGUUUCCCUGACGCAUUUUUCUCGCGAACGCAUAAAGUCCGCGCGGUUCCAGUUCGAUCUCGUGGCGACAACGAGUCUUUUUAUUUUCGCUAGCUUCGAGAGAUUUUCGCCCGAGAAAUCCUCUAGGAACAGCGAACAAAAGCGAGGAAUUAAUUUUGUUCGGAUCAGGGAUCCUUAAUGGAUUCUGUAAUUUUUAUUUUGACCUUUUUUCUUUUACAUUUCUGAAUUUUUGUCGAUUCUCGUGGAACGACGUUGCCUUUUCUCGCACGUUUUCAAACAGAUUUGGAGGAUGAUCGAUCUCAGAUGCAACGCAGCAAAUUUUCCGAUCGAUUAGUCCACGGCCGAGAGCCACAACGAGCGAAGGAAACCGUAUUGUUCUCCAGCGGCACGUAUCUUGCGCGCAAGGUGUACGCGUCCAGAAGGAGCGUGAUAUAUUAUACAUAUAUAUAUACGUUAUACACGCGUACGUUAGCAACGACGUGACCUCGCGCGUCGAACAAUUUUUUACCGCCGAACAAAUCGCCCCUUGACCGUCUUUUAUGUAUAUCACGUAUUCGUAUACAUAUACAUAUAUACAUACGCGCGUCUCGGACCGUAGCAUUCAAAAGUGUAUAGAAACUGCCAGAGAUUCUAAACCUGUUUUUGUACCUCGCACGACCAUCGUUCCGGCAAAGAUGAGCAAGAUUUCCCAGCAUCGAUCAAAACAAAACUCAUUUUCUACCCCGCGCGUCACACACAUUUCGGUCAUGUUUCCGCCGAGAAACGACGACCUGUUCUCGAUCAUUUCAAUCAUCCGUCGAAGGAUCUUCCUCAUCUUUGACCCGGCGAGCGACUCGAGUCGUGCACACGCGCACAACACUCGAAACCCGUACUACGCAUACAUACACGUUAAGCCCCGUACGCAAGCACGUCGUAGGAAGACAAAGAAUUCAGUGUACCCUCCCCCGAGUAACAUAGCUAAAAGUGUAAAACGAGCCAGGGAGAGAAGCGAACCUCGUGUCCGUGUCCGCGCGAUCUUGGAAAGGUAGCUGUCGAGCAACGGUCGACCGCCGCACGGACGAUCGAAUCGUCGGGUACGUAAAUAUAUAUGUGUAUAUACAUAAAUGAAUAUUGUAUAGACAGCGAGUCGCAGCCGAAAUCGCACGCCACACGUUAGAAUAAAUGUCACCCGAUGAAGAAGACUUUGAAGAUGUAAAAGAAGCAAUCAAAUAUACGUACGUUCGAAAUGUC